AUGGGCGUCGUGCCCCAAAUAUAUCUCGAAGACCGAGUAUUGGAUUUUCUACAGUACAUUCUCGACAACAAUGCCACCACAAGCCUCCUAAUUAUCUGCUCGGAAAGGAAUAAAUUUCUUAGACGACUGCUAGCGACUGUACGCGCCCAGCCACAGGAGACCCUCCAGAGCCGCCAAUUGGUCACCAAAACUCUUGGGUUGCUCUCCAGGUCCUCGCGAAUUAAAGUGGCAUUCUGUCCGACCCUGGAGCAUCUUCGUGCUUACCUCUCUGUUCUGCACUUCAACAAUGCUGCCGGACAGGAUACAGCUGUUGCCGGAGAGCAACGGUCAUGUCAGCCUUUAAUGGCGAUUCUGGACCCGUUGGCUCUACACCAUCCCGCCUCUGAAUUUUCUGCCCAAGGACUGUCCAGAACGCUUGCCGCUGUGGUCGAGACUUCUGCGCGGGAGGUAGUGGACCUUGUACUCUGUGAAUGCCAAGAUGUUACUCGUCCUAACAACAGCGGCCAGACAUUAUGGAAUGCUCAUGUGCCGCUGCUCAACAGUUCCGUGCGAACUGGGAGAGACGAAAGUACCUGGGGAGGACAGAGUGUUCCUGUGAAGCGAAUAGCUCAGCGGUGGUUCGAAUUCAGCGAUCCGAGAAACUCGACUACAAAUAGUCUGGAUGUGUAA